AUAGUAAGUUAUUGAUUUAAACGUUUAUCAAUAUUAUUACCUUAAAAUGGAUUCAGUUAUUGGUUGUGAACAUUUGGUCCAAAGAAAGAAUGAGGAAUUAUUGAAUAAUUAUCGAAUUGUUCAUUUAAACUUUAUAUCCUGUCAGUCUAAUGAUUCAAUACGUGCUAAAAAAAGACUAGCAUCAUGUCAUGCAUGUAAAUUUGAAGGCGCGCGGUUAUUGUCAUGUUUAUAUUGUGUGUGUUUUGCAUGUCCUACACACUUUCUUGAACAUUUCAAGAAUACUGAGCAUUGUUUUGGUUUAAACCUAACCUUUAGUCAUAUUUUCUGUGCACACUGUGAUGACUAUAUCUAUGAUGGUGACAUUAUGACUUUAGCAAACACAUUAAAUAAGGAAUUAUAUUGUUAUAAAAAUAAAUCCUUAGAGACAAAAGACAUUGUCUUGCUUAGAAAAAGUAAAGAAAUUGAAUAUAUUGAUAGUGUUACUCCAGUUCCGGGAUUCAUCAACUUGGGUAACACAUGUUUUUUAAACAGUGUACUGCAGGUACUAAUGCAUACACCAAUGUUACGAAAUUAUGUUCUUUCUGACCAACAUGUAUGCCCAUUUCUAAAGGAGCCCAGUCGAUGUAUUACAUGUGAAAUUGGCAGAAUAUAUCAGCAAUCCUACAUGUUGAAAGUUAAUGUGAUAAGCUUGCAAAAGUUGUUGAAAAUAUUUUGGGAUAACACUUGGUACAUGGCAUCAGCUUUACAACAUGAUGCACACGAAUGUUUCAUAGCCAUAUUGGAUAUCAUACAUAAACAAGCGAUAAUACAAAAUGAAAAUGACAAGGAUAUAAAACAUCUAGAAAACUGCCAGUGUAUCAUCCAUAAAAUUUUUAAAGGUGUUUUGCAAAGUGACAUUGUUUGCCAGAGCUGUAACAAUGUGUCAUCUAAAAUUGACAUUAUCAAUGAUAUUCCUAUAUACUUUUCAAUGGACGAAAAAGGAAAAUAUCCAACAAAUAUAACAUUAAUUGCAUGCUUAGAACAAUUUGGUCAGAUAGAGUUGUUAAACGAUUUAGAUUGCACAAAUUGCCAAACAAAAAAGUUAUCGACCAAACAGCUUAUUUUAAAACAUUUGCCAGUGGUUUUAUGUUUUAUUUUAAAAAGAUUUGGACAGCCAUCAGACAAUGUUUCAAAUAAAAUCACUACAUUUGUUGAAUUUCCAGAAACACUAGAUAUGAACAAAUUUAUAAAGAAAAAAUCUGUGACUGGUAGUGCCUUCAUUGAUGAAUGUUUUGCUUCACGUGAGUCCAUCUAUAAACUGUAUGCUGUGAUUUGUCAUGAAGGUCUACUAAACGGAGGACAUUAUUUGUCUUACAUACAACACAUGGGCCUUUGGUAUCAAUGUAAUGACAAUGUUGUUAGAUUAGUACAAUUUGAAGACAUAUUGAGAAGUCCAGCAUACCUAUUAUUCUACCAUAAAGAGUUUAUGAAUUUCUAUUAAAUUGUUUAGUUUAAUUAUGUGUAAAUAUUUCUAAAUAAAUACCUAAUACUACUGUAUAUAAUUUUAGAAUUAAAUAUAAUGUAUAAAUUUAUAAUUGCUAAUACUAGCAUAUACAUUUUUAAUUUUAAAUUGGCUUAGUUUUUUUUAUUUAAAUUUAUGCAACAUGAUUUUUUUCUAUUCCUAACAAAAUAAUUUAAAAACUGAAUAUUUGGUCUCACUUUUUACAUGUAUUUUUAAUUAUAAUAUUAUUGUUUUCUUUCGAAACGAACCAUGUGAUAUUUUUAUUAUUUUGUGAUAAUUUAUCAAUUUUACUUUUUUACUUUUGCCAUUUAUGUAUACUAUACUAUAAAGAACAAACUUAAUAGAAUUAAACUUUAAGGGUAAAAGUUUAGGUGACGGUAUUUUUGUGCCUUUACAAUCUUUUUAGGUUGACGGUAUAUCUCCUAUUUAAAGCGUUAUACUAGAAUACUACCUUACUAUAAAAUAAUAAACAUUGUGUUACCCCUCACAUAGUAUUAAUUGUAUUUUAAUUUUUUUUUUUUAUAUAAACAUUUGUCAAUUGAUUUCUUUGUUAUUUCAAAAUACAAAUGAAAUAUGAAUA